CAUGUAUAGCAUCUCCUUUCCGAUUAUUUUAUGCCAAGUUGCCAACUUAAUGGAUAAGUUGGAAGUUCGCCUAUUUAAAGUGGAUCAUGUUUUGUAAUACUGAAGAGCGCCAUAGACACGGGAAUUUCACUAAGAUUCCACCAAAACAUAGCUUUUUCUGUACUAGGUGCACGAGAAUAAGAAUGAAAGAAAAAAUGACGAAUUGUUUUCUGGUGGUCGUUCUAGCAAUAUGGAUCGUCCCUGCUAUUGUACCUACUAAAGCAGCCGACGUGAGCUUGAAUCUGUUAACUGCUGACGAGAGUGACUUCUCCCGAUUUUUGACCGAAAUGCGCGUUAAUUUGACGGACCCGAACAUCAGCUACGGUGGCACUCACCUACCAGUUAUGGCUGCUUCAACAAACUUUAUUUUGGUCGACCUCGAAUUCGAGAAAGGAACGAUGACACUCGCUUUUAGAAGAAGCGAUUUAUAUUUGGAGGGCUAUCUUGAUCAAAUUGGUGGAAAUUAUAGAGCGCAUUUCUUUCUUGAUGCUUCUCCAGAGGGAAAAGCUAGUCUUUUCCCAAAUGCUAGAGGUGCUAACAAUCGUAUCAUAAUGUUUUAUAAAGGUUCAUAUCCUGAUAUUGAGAAAGUUGCUAAGGAUAGAAGCAAAAUAAGCCUUGGAAUUUAUGAGCUUAGAAAGCUAAUGAUUCAGGUUUAUGGACAGAGCAAAGUUGAUGUUCCAACCGAAGCUAAGUUAAUGCUUCUUUUCAUCCAAAUGAUUUCGGAGGCAGCACGUUUCAAGUACAUUGAGAACAAGAUUUUGGAAACUUUUUACAUGUCUUUUAAGCCGGAUCCGAAGAUAUUGAAAUUGGAGACAAGUUGGCAGGCAAUUACCGUCGGUAUACGAAAUUCUAGGAAUGGAGUAAUCUCACCAGCUCUUAAAUUGGAUGAUGUUAAUGGUAGGGAUUGGAUAGUAUCUCGAGUACAAGACAUAGUUGAUGACAUGGCCCUCUUAAAAUAUGAAGGUCCUAGCACAACAUUUAUAUCUUUGGUGGGCAAUAACAAUGGUGGUGAUCACGCUAAAAUCUGAAAACCUUGGAUUUGCAUUGUGUUAUUCAUGCUGGAAUCUGCUAUAGUAUUGGACUAUUGGUGAUGCUGGUUUUAUUUCUUUGACGCUUUCUGAUGAAUGUACUAUAUGAAGUCCGUCGAGUGUUGUUUACUAAGUCGUGCUUAUCUUAUCCUCUACGUACGUACGUACUUUUUGCGUUUGAUGUAACCUCAAUAAGAUCAACGUGAUGUUUUCGAUUA